GACAGCGUUGAGGGAGGACGCAGACGGUCCAGGCCUUCAAUUUCUCACAACAUUAUUUCCGCUGACAAGUUGACCUCAUAGUUCCCGCACAUAGACUGUGGCGGCGAUGAGAGUGGUGGUGGUGGUGUGGAGGUGUGGUGGUGCACCACAUCUGUGGCUGGUCUUAGUGGCUGGGUUAGCCGUCAUCUCCUCUGCUCAGAACCUGCCUCCUCUCCCAACCGGUUGUGUCGACGAAGGCGCAACAGCGAGCCUGGGGUCGGAGACGUCGUCCCUCGCCUGGUGUCGUCUCUCUCAGCGACAAUGUCUGGAGUUCUGUCGCGGCAACAACUUCACUAUGUACGCCCUUCAGCCCAACUGUACUUGUUCCAGUGGCACUACCGGUACAAGUGUGGCCGGCCAGCCGUACGCCUCGUCCUGCUCUGACCUCUACUACAACCACAAUGUCUUCGUGUCUGGUAACUAUCUCAUCCAGCUCCCAGAUGGCGCUAUCCUCCCCGUCUACUGCGACAUGGAAGGUCGUGAGAUCUGCAAUGGUAGUCUGGUCCACGGGGCGUCGGGACACGCCGUCCUGGCCAACGACGGGAGCGGCGCCGCCUCCAACGACGUCUUCAACAACCUAUCACCCUACGCCACACCCGCCACGCCAUAUGUGUCCAGCAUGGCGGUGCAGAUCAACUUCCGGAGGAAGGUGAUUAUCCAGGGGAUGUACCUGAGUGGCGAGGCUGCCAAUUAUGUCUCCUCCUUCACCCUCUCCUACCUGUACCAGGAUGCUGUCAUGACUGGUAUGACUGGUAAUGAUACCUACCUGUACAGUGACACGGCCUAUGGCAGUCCUCAAGUUGUUACUGCGAUCUUAGGCUCGGCUGUUGUCCUCCGACCCUUCGUAGCCGACUCUGUCACCCUCCAUGUUGUCGGAACUGUCGGGCAGCCUCACCUCAAGUUGGACUUCUACGGGUGCGCCUUCAACGCCACCACCGAGGUGGGUCUGCCCGCGCAGUUCUCGCCGUGGUCCUGCGCGCACUGGCCCACUCCCAACAGUUCUGUGACUGUGAGCAAGACCGCGGCCUCUGUCGCCUCCCUCGCCGCCACUGGCACCCCUUAUGCUACUCUCUUUACGAUGAACGAGACAGUGUUCUGGGCUCUGCCUGAGAACAUUCCCUUGGGAUUAACUGGUCCUGGCGUCUCCUGCGCUACUGCUACCUGUCCUCUCCUCACCCUCUUGGACCAGAUUUCAGGGGUGACUAUUCAGUGCGGGAACAACGCCGCCUUCGCGUCGAACCUGACUGACGCUUACCAGACCAUAAGGACUGGCAAAACUACCAACAACUGCUCCUAUGAUGCCAUUGUUGCCUUUUAUAAGAUGAAAACUGUGUUCUAUGGUUACCACUUCAUGUGUCCCAAUGAGAGUCCCGACCUUUACACCAUGGCCUAUACUUACUACCAGGAGAGUGUAUCCAUGUGCUUUAACGCCAGUGGUAAGAAUGGUACAGCUGUUGCCGUAGCGUCGACAUUCUCCUUCUGUGUACCAGGAGGUCCGGUGGGCGCCACGUUCCUGGCCCCACUCUACAGGAACAGGUUCUUCCAGUGCAAUUUGGACUAUACUUUCAUACUGAGUACUAACUUCAGUGGGACUUAUGUGGAGUCAAGUAACUCUGGACCUAUUAUGAACCGGCGAACUGUAGGCCUAAUCAGCACUGGGUACUGUGCAUGCCCCUACACCACCAAGGGGAACAUACCCAACCAGCAGUCCUUCAUCUGUGCUCCGGACUUUACCUACUACCUCAAUACCUUCGUUGGAUGUGAAUUGUUACACUGCGUCAACGGCACACCGGCAGCUGCCCCUAUGCAAGGCUCUCGUGUAUGGGACGGCAGCACUACUGUCUACGGCACUGUCAUCAACUACACCUGCAAUGCUAAUUUCGUGUUCAAUACUUACGGGUUCCCAUCGUCAUUGAUAUCGACUUGUGGAUGUCUCUCGAAGUGGACCUACGAAGUUCUUGAUCCCACACUACAGUUGCCUUCGUGCGUGGCCGUGUGCCCAACACCCUCGACUCUGGCUACAGGAGCUGUUGUGUUGUCCCUAAGUCAUACCCCGGCCAUCAACGGUACUGUGGUGACGUACACAUGCCCCGGACAGACCACCGGUACCGGAUACUUCGCAGACUAUACAACCACCAAGACGUCUGUCUGUCAGGGUGACCACACCUGGCUUCCUGACCCGAGUACUUUCCUUCGCUGUGUUGAGGUGGUUAAUCUGGGCCCGGCGCCAACGAUAAUGAAUGCUGUGGCGACAGAAAACGAGAGAUGCGUCCGAUACUACGAUGAUAAAACCCUCAUCCAACCUGCCAAUGUUACGUACACCUGCGGCACCUGGGUGACUGUCACCCUCACCUUUGUCACCUUGAACUGUUCCUGGAGCGGCGUGCCGUCGACGCCCUGUCUGGCGCCAACAACCACCGUGGCAACCACGACCACAACAGCGGCGCCCACAACUACUACAACAGCAGCAGCGGCCACAACAACAACCUCCACACCAGCCCCCACCACAACAGCGGCCCCCUCAACAACAACUACAACAGCAGCAGCUCCUUCAACAACAACAACAGCAGCAGCUCCUUCAACAACAACCACUACUACAACAACCACAACAACAACACCAACAACCACAACCACCACAACACCACCACCUCCAGCCCAACCACCAGGUGAGUUAACAAAUAUAUUUCAACUAGACAUUAACUAUCAAACAAAUCCGAUAUUUGAAUAUACAAUGAAUAACUAUAUAUAUAAUUGUUGAUACACCAUGAAUAAAUUGUUCAUGAUAUAUAACUAAUAUUCUGUAAUAUAUCGUAUAAAUUAUUCCCGAUAAUCAAUACAAUUCACAUAAAAUAUUAAUGAAUCAACUUUUGAAAUUGGCUGAAUAAAAUUUCAAUUAUUUCUUUUAAUUAAUAUAAGACUUUAGAAUCUUAGAGGAAGCAUUAUGUCCCUAACGAGUAUAUAAGACUCGUGUGAGUAACUAUUGCAUGUAUAUCUAUUUUUCAGCACAUUUCUUACGAAUAGACUAUUGAUAUGGGAUGAAUUACACAUGUUGAUAUAUUGAAAUGAAUAACAUUUGAAUAACAAGUUCUUUCAUGAUAUAGAAAUUGAAUGAAAAGUUAUUUUUAAUAUUUUAAUGAUUUAACAAAACAAUUUUUGACCUAUAGGUGGAGCUGCGAUGUCUCGCGAUAGAACGACUUCUAUUUCAAUGGUGUAUGCUAAUAUUGUCGAAGGUUUUUCUUUCAGAUUAUUCAGGCUUAUUCCUCUAUAUUCUCUCUAAUUUUAACUUCUUCUGUGUAUUUCCUCUCUGUUGCCUCCUGUGUGUAUGUGUUGUGUGUAUCUCCUGUGCGUGUGUGUUCACACAU